GGAAUAGACCGGUCAAGGCAUAAUGUUGAAUAAGGGGGUAUGCUUGUUUUUCUUUUGUCAGGAAGCUUGAAGAGAGGAGUCUGUCAAAAUGUCGCAGGGCGGCGGCGCAUCAGGUGCUCCCAAGAAGGGCCUGACACUCGAUGACCUCAUCGCGGCCAUCGACCAGCAUGAAAGGAAUCCAAACAAUAUCCCAAAGGUCGAUACUUUCCAUUUUUGUGGGGAAAGAGUCUCGGAAUGGCUGGAGCGGGUGGAACAAGCUUUGGUCGGGCGGUCGGACAUUGUAAAGUUUCAACGCAUCCUUCAGUAUGUCCUCCACAGCUACCACCAAGAGGUGAAGAAAGUUAUAGAUGCAGCCCAAGGCAGCUGGGAGAGGUUUAAGGAGAGGAUGCAGAGGAAGUACCGCCUGGGAGACGGGUUAUUGACUACUGCGGACCUUGAGGCGAUGAACAAAGAGGAUUUUACGAUGAUAGGGGCCUUUGUUCAAGAAUUUAAGAAGAGGGCGAGGAAGGCCCAUGAGAUGUCAGAGAAAGCACAGUGCGCCAUCUUCCUGGGGCUACUCACGGCAUCGGAGGUCGUUGAGUUGACGAGACAUGGAGGAGGUAGCACCAAGCUCACCUGGGCCACCAUUGAUAGAGGGGUGGAAGUGGGAUGUUUGGACCAGGUCGAGCAACGUCAGGUUCGCCUGCAAAGGCAGAAGAGAAAGGAAAGAGAUGCGACCGCUUCUGGGACCCCGGGGGUAACAAGGAUUGUUACAGACGUAUUGGCACAGCUAGGGUAUGCGACAGAGCCGGUGGUGCAAAGGAGGGUGGUGACGGCUGUCAAAGUGAAAGGAAAGGAGCUGGUGAUAGAGGAGGCUGUUCAGGAGGAGCUCUGGGAAGAGGAAGAGUCGGUGCCGCAGCACCUGACGAAGGUCCAGCACAAAGUGCGUAAUUUGGCGCAGGGCGGACAGGGAUCAGGAAAAGCGCAGGCGCCUCAGGCCCAGGCAGCAGCCCCUUUAAAUGUGGCGGCUCCAUCAUCUAGUACGGGCCCCUCGCAAGGUGGGGCGCCUUCCUACGGACAGUGGCCCUGGCCGGUGAUCAAUGCAAUUGUGCCAUGGGGAAGCCCGCCGCCAGUGGCCGGACUGCAAACGAGUAUGCCACCACCCAUCUACCCCGUAGCCCAGGCCCAGCCUAUGGCCCCGCCACCGUCACCUGCUCCCUGUUCACAGGGCAGUGUUGCAGGAGGUGGGAACCGGGGGCAGGACAAUCUAGGCAACGGAGGGAGGGGUGGAGGAAGGGGGCGAGGCAGGAAUGGCGGCGGAAGAGGGAGGCAAUGGAAUGGUCAAGGCCAGGGGUACCAAGGCCAGGGGAAUGAAGGCCAAGGGUACCAAGGCCAAGGGAGUCAAGGCCAGGGGUACCAAGGCCAGGGGUACCAAGGCCAGGGGAAUCAAGGCCAGGCGUACCAAGGCCAAGGGGGUCAAGGCCAAGGGUACCAAGGUCAGGGGUACCAAGGCCAGGGGUAUCAAGGCCAGGGGAAUCAAGGCCAGGGAGAUCAGGGAAGUCAGGGGUAUGGAAGACCCCGUUUUGAUUGGAGGACGACUAUCUGUCAACAUUGUGACCAACAAGUCCACACUAUGGAGAUAGAAAUUCAGGAACUCAGGGCAUUGGUGGCCAGCCAGGCAGCUAUCAUCGAGAGCCUGAGGCAGCAAACCCAGGGAAAGGUGGACAAGCCAGAGAGCAGCAGGCAGGGGGAGCAGAGGCAGCCAGGACGGGGAUUGCCAAGACAGCCAUCUGCAGCAGAGCCUCGCCAGGAGCCACCUAUGGGGAGGAUUAUCCUGGAGCCAGAGGAGGCGAGAACCCAGAGACAGGCGGAGAGAGAGGCAUUCGAGUUCAGAGCCCCUAUCGAGCUCGCGACACUGCCAGUAGCAGCGGCGGGCCCAGUCGUACCUUUGGCAGUAGAGGAGGGGAUGCCACCGUCUAGCAGUGAGCCGGCUCAGGGCUCAGCAGAAGGAUCCAUGAGCGUGCUCCUUGAGGCGGUGCAUACUAUGCAGGAGGAGGUGAGCUUGUUUUCACCCGAGCAGAGGAUAGAGCAGCCUCUUGAGAGAGAGAUGGGGAUUGAGGCGGAGGGUGCCAUCGGGGGCGGAGUCCAGAGGAUGGACACGCCUGAGUAUGGACCAGAGGAGAUUGAGGAGCAGCCCAUGACAGCGCCAGGAGAGACACUCGAGAGGAGACCUCAGAGGUUGGACACGCCUGAGUACGUCCCAGCGACAGAGGAUUUGAGGAGCAGACUGGGAUCUUGGGCUACUGGAUCUGGGUCUGGGGGACCGAUUCCUAGAAUGGGGCAGCAGGAGGUCGUUAGUACCGCAGCUCCUGGGAUAGAGCAGCAAGGGGUUGUCAGUACCUUGGUAGGAUCUCCUUCAUCACCACCUCCUCAGCCCAAGAAGAAGAAGUUCAAGAGGAAGGUCGAUCAACUAUGUUUCUACUGCAAGAGGGACGUAUAUCAUGCUCUGGACUGUCUCGAGUUCCUUGAGGAUAAGGCAGCAGGGAAGGUCUCAAAGGUAGGAGAUAAGAUGUAUGAUAGACAGGGUAGGGUAGUAGAGAAGUCCGCAAAUAGACUUAGGGCUCAGUUAUAUAGGCAAAACCAGGAGGAGUUGAGGAGGUAGGGCCGGUUUGUCUAUAUAAGUGGGCGAGUAUCUUGUGAGGCAUCAACUUAGAUU